AGCUAUCUCCUGGCUGCUGACAGAUCAGAAGACCCCAAUAGAGCCCAUCGCCACCCCCUAAUCUAUAUACCAGGACUCCAUAACUGCCAUAAGACAAGUGCUCCACAAGCUCCUACCAAAAUGUUCCUGCACUUUCUACUGUUGCUCCCCCUGGUGGCCGGUGAAAGAGACAUUACAACCUGCGCAUCAUGUGAAAACUGUCCCAUAUCCAAGAAGAAGGAGAACAUCCUAAACCUGCUGGCGUGCUGGAGCGAUGACACCGACCCCUCUGUGCCCGACCCCGUCAUGGUGCCUUAUAUAUCCGGCCAUAGGAGCUGCAAGGAAAUCAAACUCUUCGAGCCUAAUGCAACAGACGGGAUUUAUACCCUGAUGACCACCGUGGGGGAAUCCUACCAAACCUUCUGUGACAUGACGACCCGCGGCGGGGGAUGGACCUUGGUCGCCAGUGUCCACGAGAAUGACGAAUAUGGGAAGUGCACCGUGGGCGAUCGCUGGUCCAGUCAACAGGGAAACCGGCCUGAAAGUCCUCAGGGUGACGGCAACUGGGCCAACUAUGCCACCUUUGGUUCUGCCGGCGGCGCCACCAGUGACGAUUACAAGAACGCAGGAUAUCACGACGUGAAGGCGGAGGACCUCGCUAUCUGGCACGUCCCCAAUGACACCCCGGUGUCUCAGUGGAGAGAUUCGGCCCUUCUCAGAUACCACACGGAGACCGGAUUCCUUCCUGGAGAAGGUGGAAACCUCUUCCAUCUGUACAAGAAAUACCCAGUGAAGUACGGUGCUGGAAGCUGCCUGACCAACAAUGGACCCGACGUUCCGGUUGUAUAUGAUUUCGGAAGUGCCGAAACAGCAUCUGGUUACUACUCACCGUCUGGCAGAGCUGAAUUUAUUCCAGGUUUUAUCCAGUUUCGAGUAUUUAACAAUGAAAAAGCGGCGCUGGCGUUGUGCCCGGGGAUGAAGGUGACCGGGUGUAACCCAGAACAUCAUUGCAUCGGAGGAGGAGGCUACUUCCCAGAGGCCAGCCCCAAACAGUGCGGAGAUUUUCCUUCCUACGACUGGGACGGAUACGGAGCGGGAAGCGGAUCCAGUUGCAGCAAGGAAAUCACCGAAUCCGCCGUCCUCCUCUUCUAUCGCUAACCAGCGGCCUAUACUGUCCCCUACACUUCUAUACAGACCACCGGAGUCAUAGGAACCGGACACAAUAAAAUGGUAGA